AAGUUAGAGCCUGCGGUGCAGAACUAUGAGUGGGGGGUGAGAGGGGGAGGACAGAGCAGCCUCGUUGCGAGGAUGGCUAACGCACAAGUAGCGGAAGAGAAGCCCUUCGCUGAGCUCUGGAUGGGAACGCAUCCGAAGGCACCCUCGGUGGUGCUCGAAGACGGGUGGAGCGGGAUGGUGCUGGGCGAAUUUCUCCGUCUAAACGAGGUUUUCAUGGGUUCAAAGGCUGGCAUGUUCGGAGGAGACUUGCCGUAUCUCUUCAAGUGUCUUUCUGUUGCAAAGGCGUUGUCAAUUCAAGCGCACCCUGACAAAACGCUGGCAAAGCUUCUACAUGCAAGGGAUAAGCCGAACUAUCCCGAUGAUAACCACAAGCCAGAGCUUGCGUGUGCUGUGACCGAAUUCGAAGGUCUCUGCGGAUUUCGAAAAUUAGACGAAAUUGUGGAGAAUGUUGGUGCCGUGCCGGAGUUGAAGGAGCUGAUUGGUCAGGAUACGGUGAAACUGAUGGAGUCAAGCCUAGACAAGGAUGCUCAAUCGCGAGCAGAGGCUCUUAAACAAGCAUUUAACAUGGUGAUGUCAAGUCCUGAAGACCGGGUAAAGCAUCAGGCAAGCAAGAUGGUGGACCGUUUGAAGUCAAGUCAAAAACUCAGGGACGUGGAGGAGCUAGUCCUUCGGAUCAACGAGCAAUUCCCUCUUGACGUCGGCCUCUUCAACAUUUUCUUCUUGAACCAUGUGAAGCUCAGGCCGGGGCAAGCUCUCUUCCUUGGUCCCAACCUUCCUCACGCUUACCUCUCCGGGGAUUGCAUGGAGAUCAUGGCGACGUCGGACAAUGUGGUCCGAGCUGGGUUCACUCCCAAGUUCAAAGACGUGGCAACCUUGUGCUCUAUGCUGGACUAUGAGCGAUCGGGGCCAGCUGAGAUCAUGGAGGGAGAGGCCAGGGAAGGAAUGCGCGUUUAUGCGCCUCCGGGGCAUGACUUC